AUGGCCGCGAUGGUCGAAGAGAUCGACUACGAAGGGCUCGACAACGACUCGCUCGCGAUCAACAUGUUGGCCGGCGCGAUGGCCGGUAUCUCCGAACAUGCCGUCAUGUACCCCGUCGAUUCCAUCAAAGUGACUUUGUGCCUUGACAGAGCAACACAACCCACUCGAAAAUUGACCCGCCCUCUCUCUCUCCCCCCUGUCACACACCCCCCCCCCUCACCCCCCGCUCACAGACCCGAAUGCAAGUCCUCACCACAUCACCCGGCGCGAUGUAUACGGGCAUGUCGGACGCGUUCACCCGCAUCGCCUCGACCGAAGGCACCAAACGAUUAUGGAGAGGCGUAGCCUCCGUCAUUUGGGGUGCCGGUCCCGCUCAUGCCGUCUAUUUCGGCACGUACGAAUUCACCAAAGAGUUGGCAGGCGGGAAUCAGGGGGGUUACUCGUUUGCUGCGACAGGUUAGGACUAGAGUUUCGAGUUCGAGUGUGGACGAGCACUACUCACGAUUGGGGUCUACUCCCGUAAUUGCAGCCUCAGCAGGAGCAACAGCUACGAUCGCUUCGGAUGCGCUCAUGAACCCCUUUGAUGGUCAGUCGAAAGGAGUCAUAUUGGCGAUUGUUUUGUGGCUGUCUAAAAACCUGCACUCAUCUCUGCAGUGGUCAAGCAAAGGAUGCAAAUACACGGCUCGACCUUCCGAGGCGUCGGCGAAUGCUUCCGAUCCGUCUACCACGCCGAAGGCCUCAGCGCUUUCUACGUCUCCUACCCCACCACGUUGAUGAUGACGGUCCCUUUCACGGCCGUACAAUUCUCGACAUAUGAAUUCAUCAAGUGCGUCUUUUUCGCUGUUGGAGCCCGGUCUCGAGUCGCCCAAGCGCCUAGCUGAUCCGGACCUUUUUUUUCGCUCCCUCCCCUCCUUUACAGAGAUCGGUUAAACCCAACAGGCCACUACUCCCCCUGGACGCACGUCACAGCAGGCGGUAUCGCCGGCGCCGUCGCCGCAGCCGUGACGACCCCCUUGGACGUCUGUAAAACGCUCCUCCAAACACGAGGAACGUCGGACCAAGCCGCGAUCCGUAAUGCGAGGGGUAUGCUCGAUGCGGCCAAGAUCAUUUGGGAACGACAGGGCGCGAGUGGGUUCGCGAGGGGUAUCUCACCGAGGAUAUUAACCAAUAUGCCGAGUAAUGCGCUUUGCUGUGAGUGAUUAGGUUUUUCUUUCUUUUUCACCUCGCUUUUGAGUUGUUCGCUCAUGGUUUUUCCAUCUCUUACGUCACGCAACAGGGCUAUCAUACGAAGGUUUCCGAUUCUUGCUCAAGGGACGCGCCGCGGCGUCGACAAAACGAAACGAAGGGCUAUAG